AGCCGUUCGCUACAGUAUUCAACUGAACGUGGUCAACGAGACAACUUCUCUCCCUGAGGUUUUGCGAUCUUUUCGAAGUCUGGUCCCAGCUCACCGUUCGCCAAUUUUCGACGACAUUGCCUAUUGAAUUUUAAUUAAAAUAUCCGAUUGAUUACCGGCCAAUUUCUUUCGAAUAACCUCGGGAAAAAACACGUUUUUUUCUUUCUCCUGUUCGAAGAAUGCGUAACGGCACAGGCCGUCUCGCCGAGUAAGAGUGCAAGUAAACGCUUAUUUCCUCGGGAAAUUCUCCCCCCUCGGAGUGCAAGUGUGUUUUGUGAGAGUGCCGGUCGGACAAGAAUGUUUCUUCGAGUCUGAUCGCCUAUCGUUACAACCGACAUGAAGAUCACGAUUUGGCUUCUUCUUGUAGGCCUCUGCGCCGCGAAGAAUCAAGUUGGCUUGAACUGUUCUGCUGAUGAAGACUGUGAUGACAAAAGUGAGUGCCCGUCAGAUUCCAUUUUGGAUCUGGAAACGAAAAAAUGCAUCUGCGCGAAGGAACACUGCAUGCCACUGAUGCGAUGUCAGUACAAAACUAAACUUGUAUUAAAGCACAAUGCCACUGGUGUCCCAGGAGACUGCUGUGACGUAUACGAAUGUGUGAGCCCAUCAGAGAACAAUUGUAUAGGAGUAACCUGUCCAAAAGAUGAAAUAAAAUGUCCAAAUGACAGUUUACCCUUGCCGAGGAAACAGGCAGAAGGGGAAUGCUGUAGUGUUCCUCAGGGAUGUGAAUGCCUCCCUGGGCCUUGUCCAGGGCCUACAGUCUGCCCAAAAGGACAAUUUAACAAAGUCAGGAUGGCCGGCACUGGAGAACCCGGAUCUUGUUGUCCAGUUUAUGAAUGCCAACUUAAAAAUAUCAAAACCCAUAAUUGCAUAUACGAGGGUAAAGAAAUAAGUGAUAACUCAACCUGGAAGAUGAACGGAUGUUUGGAUUGCUGGUGUAUAAAAGGCAUGGUGCUAUGUACAAAGUCACAGCCUUGCGUGCCUAUUCCUCCAGAUUGUCCAAAAAUAAGUACACCGCGCGGACAAUGCUGCCCUGUUUGCAUUUCCAACAGUGAACCAGAACUCGCAGUGAAACCAGGUGGUUGCAAAUCCAGUAAAGGUGUUAUAUAUGAAAACGGUGCCUCGUGGGAAGAGGACGACUGCACAACAUGUGUCUGCCUUGGUGGAAUGCACAAAUGCCAAGCUGCAAUGUGUCAACAUAAUGGUAAUGCAGGAACAAUUGAAUUGCGUGUACCAUCAAACUGCCCUUUUCCCGCCAAUUGUAAGCUAAAAUGUAAAUAUGGAUUUGCAUUGGAUGAACACAAUUGCUACACUUGCAGAUGCAAUGAAAGCGACUGUACUCUUAACUGUCCUAAUGGUUACGCCAAGGAUGAAAACGGAGAACAGCUCUGUGAAUGUUUGCAAGAACCUGCAUUCUGCCCGCCAUUAGACAGUUGCACAAAGGAAUGUAAGCAUGGAUUUAAGAUGAACAGGCAAGGGUGCCCCAUUUGCAAGUGUGAUCAUUGCAAGACAUUGGUGCAUUGCACAAAACGGUGUCAUCACGGAUACCAGACCAACAGCAAGGGGUGUUCAAUUUGCAAAUGCAAACCUUCAUCAAUGGUGAAUGGUAGCAUUAAUCACAGAGUGCCUACAGGCUGCAAUACAGAUGGUGAAAAUCCCAAAGAAGAUGGUGAAGUUUGGUUUGAUGGAUGCAGGCAAUGUUAUUGCUAUGCAGGAAAAGAAAUGUGUUCUCUCAUUGCGUGUCCGAAACUCGACUGCCCAGAUGCGAUAGUAAGCAAAAACUCCUGCUGCCCCGUAUGUCCAGGUAACGAAACCAGAUCUGGGAUGCAUGUCGUUUGCUACGGACGUGGCGGGUUGAAAUUUGAAGGCGAUUCAUGGACGGAAGAUUGUGCAGAAUGCAUAUGCCACAAUGGAGUUGUGAUGUGCUAUAAAGAAAUGUGUCCACCAGUUCUGUGCACGAAUCCAAUUCCUCCAACGGGAGGCAAAUGCUGUCCAACAUGUCCACAAGCACUUCAGCUGCCACUCCUUAAUAGUUCUAGCUGUGGAGUGGAUAGACCUCCAGGAAGUGAGUGGAGACAGGACAGCUGUGUUUCCUGCAUUUGUAUCAACGGUGUUGCCGACUGUUACACUGAAACUUGCAAUCAAAUUGACCUGAAUUGCAAACAUCCAAUACAAGUAAAAAACCAAUGCUGUCCAAGAUGUUUUGAUAGCUUUCGUGAUCCUAAUGUUUGCAAAGAAGGGAACGUAACAUUCAACGUCGGGGACGAAUGGGAACAAGAAAAGUGUCGAAGGUGUACCUGCGAACCAGGAGGAACAAUCAUUUGCACACAAUCUUUGUGUGAUAACCCUUGUUCAGCAAACAAAAAUUGCAAAGAAAAUGAUGGCAGUGAAUCGAAGCUGUUGUUCCCAGUAUUAUGCUUCCUGAUGGGUAUCAUAAUUACUGUACUGUUCGUAAUAGCUAAACGCUGCUGCCAUCCUCGAGACCAACUCACCAUCUGCCAAACCGGUGUUCCGACACAUUAUCAAUACAAAAACGUGCCUAGUUAUGACAACCCGACCCCGAGCCCAGUAAAAUCUUUGGUGUAAUACAAUCAGCGACAUAAGGAAUAGUGUUGAAAGACUCUAAAUGAGAGCGGGAAGUCAACGCUAAAAAAACUUUACAUCACAUAUUUUCCCAAUUAACAUGUGACAUGUAUGAUUACGUGCUUGCUUCUGACUGGUAUAAAUAUUUUGAAAGCAAAGCAAGAAACCAAUGGUUGGCAAAAUGGGAAAAAAUGGUUUUAAUUUUAUUUUGUGUUCGAUGUAAAUGUGAAAUGUAUCUCUAUUAAAAAAAAAAAAUUAAAAAUUAAAAAAGGGAUGUUAAAAAACAAGUGGUUAAAUGACUUAUGUCCAUAUCUUUGUAAAAUUCAUAUUUAAAACUAUAUAAUGUAUGGCUUAAACCCAUAACAAUAAAGCCUUUGUGAUAUGUAAUUAUUAAAAUGAUAUCACUUAUUUUCUAUUAUUAAUUUAUUUUAAAAUUUAUAUUUUUUAUCUCUACCUUUCUAUUGGUUUUUAAAGAAGAAAUAAACAAAUUAUAUAUCACUGAUCACUUAGGUCAGCUACGAUUAAAAAAAAAAAAAAAAAAAAAAAAAUGUCGUAAGAGUUUAGCUCCCUUCUGUAAAGGUGCUAAAAUCUCUUUAUUUUCUCACUUCUUAAAAGUAUUUUAUAAUCAUUGUAAUUUUAGUAGUUUCCUUUAUUUUAAGUAUAAUUUGUAUGAAUACAAAAAAAUUAAUGUAUAAAAUAAUAAUUUUAAAAAACUUUUCUUUAACGAAAAUUUUGUCUGCGUCCAAAUCAUCCCACUGACCUGAGACCUUGCAUUCCAAAAAUUAGUUCAACUGUUGAGAAAAAAAAAUGAAAACAAGCUACAAAUAAAAUUUUAUUUGGUUUAUAUUUUAAAAAAAUAUAAUUUUGUAUUAAUUUCAUUAUUAAUAUGCAUUCCGAGGUUCCUUAAUAACAAUAUCAAUUAGAUAGUGCCAUAAUUGUUAAUUAAAUAUUUUAAAAAAAUAUGAUUAUAGACAUAUCAUGAGAAAAUAGCAUAAAUUUCUUGAUAUCUCUCAACAGUACGUGUCUGUUUAUCAACAACAAUGACUGCCUGUCUCAUGGGAUGAUUUUUUGCAGGAGUGUACAUUAUGCUGAGGAGAAAGACCAGUUUGAAGAUCUAAUUUUUAUAUAAAUAAGUGGAUCUCAAAACAAAUAAUUUUUCGUUCUUUUAAGAGGAAAAAUCCAAUUGUUAGAAUUUAAAUACACGUAUUAUAUUGUGCUUUUCCUGUCCCUUAAGUGAUAUUUUCAUAAGAAAAGUGUUGAGUCUGUGUGAUUUUUUGCAUCUAACAAUUUAGACUUUGUAUCAAAGAAGUGGUGUAAUUGUUUAAAUUUUCAGUCUGGUGAAAUAGUAUUUAAAUAAAUACUUUAAAACUUAUCGAAACCCUUUCCUUAGUCACUCUUAAUGGAACUGAAAAAUGACAAUACUAUUCUUCAAAUUAAAAAAAAACUUUAUAUAUAUUAUUGUUUGUAACUCCUUGCUAAAAGAUCUUGUCUGGGAUAAUUAUGACAAAAGUAGCCCCUUGUUAAUUUUUAUGCUUUAAAACAGAUAUAUCUGUACCUGAGCUUUCCACAUAAACUCGAUGUAACCCAUGAUGUAAAUUUUUGGAAUAUUUUAAGCGUAAUCAAAAUGGAUAAAUGACUGUUUGAUGUAAUUAUUUAACAAAAAUCUGUAACAUGUUUUGAAUUAAACAAUAUGACAAAUUGAUGUAUAAAUUUGAUGUCUGUUUAUAACAAGAAUUAUUUUUCAAUUGUAAAUUAUAUAAAGUGGACAAAAUAGUAAGUUAUGUGAAUGAUCUGAUGUAAUUAAUUUAUAGGGCCAUAGGUAAUCAACCAUCAGGCAUUGUUAUUAGGAAUGUGAUAGUUUAUAGAGUAUUAAUAUGAUUAUGUGUGAAACAAUAUGGCCAUUGUAAAAAAUAAUAAUUACAUGAAAUUAUUUAUUA